GAUAUGUCCUGCUACGACCUGUGUGCCCCCUGUGCCCCCACCCCGCUGGCCAACAGCUGCAGCGAGCCCUGCGUGCGGCAGUGCCAGGACUCCACGUACGUCCUGCAGCCCCCGGCCGUGGUGGUGACCCUGCCCGGGCCCAUCCUCAGCUCCUUCCCCCAGAGCACGGCCGUGGGCUCCUCGGCCUCGGCCGCCCUGGGCAGCUCCCUCAGCUCCGACGGGGUUCCCGUCUCCUCGGGGGGCUCCUCGGGAUUGGGGGCCUCGGGGUCCCUCCGGCCCUCCCGGCGCCCCAACACCUCCAGGGGUGGCUUUGGGGAGCCCUGCUAG